GAGAAUUAUUUGCAAGCAAGAAAUCAACAGCACACAUCAUCACAGAUCAACUUCCUGCAAGAAGACAGUGAAAAUGGCUGCUGAACCAGAGGCCGACCUCAGAGUGGUGCUGGUGGGUCAGGAAAGAGUCGGGAAGAGCUCAGCAGGAAACACCAUCCUGGGAAGGAAGGAGUUUAACUCUGAACUCAGUUUGGUUCCUCUGACUCUGAGCAGUAAGAGGGCAGAAGGAGAAGUUUUGUCUCGUAGAGUCUCUGUGGUGGACACGCCUGGACUCUGCAGCUCUAGUCUUACACCAGAAGAAGUGAAAGCUGAGAUCCAGAGAGCUGUGGAGCUGAGCUCUCCUGGUCCUCAUGUUUUUCUGCUCACCAUCCAGCUGGGAAGAUUCACUGAACAGGAGAAGAGAGGAUUGAAGAUGUUGCAGGAGAUUCUGGAUCCAAAGGUUUCCAAGAACAUCAUGAUCCUGUUCACCUACGGAGACCGACUGGAACAAACAGGCAUCGAUAUUGAUCAGUUUGUAAAAAGAGAUGAAAACUUGCAGAAACUGGUUAAGAGCUGCAGUGGGAUGUAUCAUGUGUUCAAUAACCAGAAGAUGGAAAACAGGAAGCAGGUCCAGGAUCUGCUGGAUAAAAUAGAUUCCCUCUCAGAAGGAGGACGUCGUUAUUUUCAGAGAAAGUCUGGUGGAAAGACGGCGUCUACAGGUGGAACAUCAUGGCAAUCUGAAUACACUGGAGAGAAACCCGACUUCAGGAUUGUUCUUCUUGGGAAAACUGGAGUUGGUAAAAGUGCAGCAGGAAACAGAAUUACAGGGAAGAAAUCUUUUGAGUCUAAAGCGUCUCUUUCCUCUGUGACAUCGGUCUGUCAGAUGGAAACCAGUAAUGUUGCUGGUUUAAAUCUGGCUGUUAUUGAUACUCCAGGUCUGUUUAAUAUCUCUAAACGUAAUGAAGAAGUUAUGACAGAGAUCGCUAAAGGCAUCAGCAUGGCGGCUCCUGGUCCUCAUGUCUUCUUGUUUGUGCUCCAACUGAACAAAUUCACAACUGAAGACAAAAAAAACAUUGAAAUACUUCAGACAAUGUUUGGAGAGGAAGCAGCCAGAUACACCAUGGUGCUGUUUACCCAUGGAGACGAGCUGAGAGAGGGAAACAUUAAAAUAGAAGAUCAUUUAGAAACAUCCCAACAUCUAAAACACUUCAUCAGUCAGUGCUCCGUCUUGCAGAAAUUUGAAGAUAAAUAUCAUGUUUUUGACAACAAAGUUGAGGAUCCUGAUCAAGUCAGGAAACUGGUGGAUAAGAUCAUCAGAUUGGUUGAGGGAAAUGGAGGAAAUUACUACACCAAUAAAAUGUUUGAAGAGGCACAGAGAGAAAAUCAAGAAGAAAUUAAACAACAACUUCAAGAAAAUCCAGAUGUGAAAACUAGAGGGAGAGAUGAUAAAUGUGUUGUACAGUAAUAGUGUCUGUUGUUUUGGAUGCAGAUGAUUAAACCUUGAUUUUCAUAAAUAACAAAAUAUUUACCUGUAAUAUGCAGACUUUUGGUCCACCCACCCACCCACCCACCCACCUACCCAUCCAUCCAUCCAUCCAUCCAUCCAUCCAUCCAUCCAUCCAUCCAUCCAUCCAUCCAUCCAUCAGGUCGCCAGUCUGUCACAGAGACACACAAACAUUCACACCUAGGGAGAAUUUAGAGAGACUAAUAAAAACUGUCAUGUUUUGGACUGUGGGAGGAAACCGGAGAACCAGGAGAGAACCCACCAUGCACAGGGAAUCAAACCCAGGACCUUCUUGCUGCAAGGCAGCAGCUCUACCCCAGACUUUUCAUCACGUCACUAAAUAAGAAACAUCUGAUCAGCCGAGCAUCAUCAUCUCUCAUUUAUGAGGUUGUUAGUUGGAUUCCUGCUUCCUUCAGUCACAUCUUCAACUGUCAAGUUCAAUAAUAAUAAUAAUAAUAAUAAUAAUAAUAAUAAUAAUAAUAAUUACCCUGAAGAUGCUAUUGUAAUUUACAAGAUCUUUGAACUCACAGUGUGAGUAGCAACAAAUAUGGUUAAUUUAACAAUAUAUUAUCUUAAAUAAAAAACGGGUAAAGAAUAAAGUUCUAUAAGAUGUGGUUAUAUAACAAUGUUCCAAGAUUUUAACUUUUCACGUUCUACAGUUUAAACUGUCAAGCAGAACAAUCUCAAGUUAUGAAGUCCAGUUCAGUAUCCUGACGGUACCGAGAUGGUUGGGUGGUGUUUUUGGUGAAUCAAGCACUUUUCCCUCUCAGUAAACAGUGAAUGGGUUUUACAGUACAUGUCCUUCUGAUUUGUUUUGAUUUCAGACAUUUGUCUCUGAGUAAUUAUUGAUUGAUUAACAAUUAUUAAUUAUUGAUUGACCUGAUUAAUCAGUCAGGUGGUGAUUAAUAACAACCACCACCUGCUCAACUAUAUCAUGUUUUUGCCUUUGAUAUCAAGACAAGGGAGGAAAUCUACAUUUAACUUUCUGAUUAUUGAUUGAAUUAUAUAACAGAAUAAACCAGAACAUUGUUGAUUUUGUUCUUUCUUUUUGUUGUUCCAGUUGCAAUAAAGCUUAGAAACAUUAAAAAUAAAAUAAUUUUCUUGAGUUU